AUGGAUACUCUUGUGCCAGCAACAGAUGACAAGGAAAAUCCUUCCCCUGGUAUGAACCAAAUGGAAACUAUUCUAUCAACAUCUAAUCAAGGAGACUGUUUGACCGUCAUUAAGCUUCUUCAAUCUUUCUUCUCACUGGGUGCAAAGAGCAGUAAGAGGCAUUGGAAGCAGGUUAUUUGGUCAGUCAGUUGCAUCAAUUUCCAAAGGACCGAUGGCUUGGAAUGUGGAACUGGCUCAAGAAUGUUUCCAUCAUUUCCAGUUCCAGAAAGUACUUCCCUCCAAAGAAGGAAGAUACCGUCAAUACGUUAUGGAGAUAGGAUGGCCGAAGAACUUGUUUCUGCAAUCCUGGAGCUGGUACAUGCAAUCAAAGCUGACGAAAAUGUACGCGACUCUGUAGAUGUGACAGAGUUUCAGGGUGAGAUGGACUCGCUUGUACUUCGUCUGGAAGCUAUUCGGUCCAAGAUGAAUGCAUUAAAGGAUUGGCCAUUGUCCGUUCAGCUGUCGAGGCUUGAGAUUGACGGAUAUGUACUUGAUGAUCUAUUAUACGAUAUAGAAGACAUGUUUAGCGACUUUAACAAUCAAUUGAUGCGAAGUAGAUUACUGGUAGAAGCAGUUGAAACUAAGGCUAGUAAAGAAAAAACUGAUCCUUCUGAUCCGGACAUUAUAGAUGUGGUUAAUGAUCCUUUUGAAUCAUCCAUUUCUAAGUUGGAAGUAGAGUUGAUGGAUUUGAGAUCUAAGCUUUCUCCUGGACCAGAAUCUAUUUUGCUGGACCUUGAAGUGUCGAAGUUACUUGGUAUAGACCAGGUAAAGAAAGAUAUAAUGGAUGUAAUUUUGGGCGAAAGUAGUAAAGAGAGGAGCGACAAAAUCAAAACCAUCUCUAUUGUUGGCAUGGACGGAAUGGGGAAAUCAUCUCUUGCUCAAUGCAUUUGUGAAGAUGAGCAGGUCGUGGCAAGCUUCAACAACAUAAUUUUGGUGAACGUUUCAGACGAUUCCGACUUAGGCAAAAUUGGUAGAGCAGUCAUUCAAGCUCUUGAGGGCUUGAAACAUGAAUUCUUGUGCAUUCUAACAUUUUUUCCAUUGCAAGGUAUUUUAGAUAGAAUUUAUCGAAAGAUUGUCGACAAGAAAACCCUUCUUGUUUUAGAUGGCGUGGGGAGAUAUGAUUAUGAUGACUGGGGAGUACUUAAAUCUGUUUUUCAACAUGGCAUGCCAGAGAGUAGGAUUGUAAUUACUACUUGUGAACACAAAUUUGCAGUAGAAACGAAAUCAUCUUAUAUAUUUCAUCUGAAAGAGUUGCCUGAUGAAUUGUGUUGGAUGAUACUUCGUGAAGUUGCCUUCAAUGGACGGAAUGAAGAUAGUCAUAAAUAUGUAGAAGAUAUAGGAUUGAAAAUUGCAAAGAAAUGUAAAGGAUCACUGUUUGCUGCAAAGGUUUUGGGAGGUGUCUUGCAGCAUAAAAUUGAAAAAAGAGAGUGGAACAGUGUUCUGGAAAACUAUAUAUGGGAAUCUCUUAUGAUACCCAAGAAUGGUGGUAUCCAUACAUGGAAGAUGCAUAAUACCGUACACGACUUUCUUCGGUUUCUGUUCCAAUCUGAACUAAUGGUGGAGAUCCGAUCUGUUGAACAUAUGAUGUUGGACUUAACUUCUGCUAGGACGUCUAAGGAGGUCAAAUCUAUAAAGCGUGUGAUUCCUGAUUCAGCUCCAGCUCCAAAGCAGAUGAAAACUCUUUCUGAUUCUGGAACUUCAAUUCUAGCUUCAUCUUGUGAUCCGCCAUUGAUUCUAGAUUCAUCUUGUCCUCCUCUGCCGUCAUAUUUUCCUCUUAUUAGCAUUCGUCAUUUAAUGGUGAUGAUAGCCCAGGGAGUUGGUUUCCCUGUGGACAUUAGCGGUGCAGAGAAAUUGCGGACUCUUGUUGCUGUUAGUCAAGGGUGUUUGAUAACCAGUAGAGCAUUAUCUAACUUAUGUAAACAAUCCAAACAUCUCAGCUGGCAGCAAAGAAUUGAAGAUACUACCAGAAACAUUUGUGACUUAUAUGAUUUGCAAUCUUUGGAUCUAACUGGAUGUAGUAGUAUUACGAAGUUACCGGACGGAAUCGGGAAAUUGAUGAGAUUGAGGUAUCUUUAUACCUGGUAUUGCUGUAGUAUAACUUUCUAUCCAAAAGGAAUUGGCUGCUUAACUUCUCUGAGGGAAUUAACCAAUGUCAUUGUUAUAGUUGAUCAGAAUGAUGCAGAGGAAUUCAGUCUCGGAGAUUUUGAAGAGUUGAACCACCUUUGUGGAGAUGUUCGUGUGAAACUGGUAGGAAAUGCGAUUGAUGCAGAUGAGGCUAUCAGAGCCAACCUUUCGAACAAGAAGAGUCUCAGCAAUGUUAGAAUAAAUUUGGAUGGAGAUAUAAAGGAAGAUAAUGUAAUCAAAGCAUUAAAGCCGCCUUCGGAGUUGAAGAUAGAGUUCAUAGGCGGGUGGUUCUAG